AUGAGAUCUCAUAAACGUGGAUUUCCUAAUGUUGGGAAUACUUACUAUUUAAAUACCCUUCUACAAUUAAUUGUAGAAUGCAUAAAAGCAAAUAUCCAUAAUAAAAUGAUCAAGAUAAUCGAAGAGUUCAAUAAGCUCAAACAAACUCCUAUACAAGGAAUCGAAGUUAACAUAGGACAAGAGUUUUUCCAUUGGAAUGGACUGUUUUCGGCCCUCCAGGAACUCCUUUUGAAGGUGGAAAAUUUCGCUUCGAGCUAA